GAGUGUCCAGCGUCGUCUUUGGGUUCCUGUUGUACCAAGGAAUCGUGCGGACGUCCUGUUGUGUACCAGUGUGCAAGAUGCGUGUCCUCCUGUGUCUGUCGCUGCUGCUUGCAGUCUCUUCUCUUGGCGUGUCCGCCAGGAAGAACUGGGCGCUGCUCAUUGCUGGCUCUGCUUCUUAUGGCAACUACCGUCACCAGGCUGAUAUCUGCCAUGCCUACCACAUCAUGAACAAGGCCGGCAUCCCCGACGAGCAGAUCGUGGUCAUGAUGUACGAUGACAUCGCAAACAACGAAGAGAACCCGUUCAAGGGCAACAUUAUCAACAGGCCCAACGGCCCUAACGUGUACCCAGGAGUUCUCAAGGACUACACCGGAUCUGAUGUCAACGCAAAGACUUUCCUCGCUGUGCUCCAGGGAAACAAAGCAGAGGUCAAGAGACUGACUGGACGUGAAGGCAAGGUCAUUGACUCCGGCCCCGAUGACUACGUGUUCGUCAACUUUGCUGACCACGGUGGCCCUGGAAUCCUUGGAAUGCCAGAUCCCCCAUACCUGAAGGCCACAGAUGUUAACGCGGCUCUCAAGAGCAUGUACGAAAAGAAGAGAUUUGCCAAACUGAACUUCUACGUUGAGGCCUGUGAAUCUGGCUCCAUCUUCCAAGACCUCCUGCCCAAAGACAUCAACGUGUACGUCACCACCGCCGCCAACGCUGACGAGUCAAGCUACGCCUGUUACUAUGACGACAAGAGGGGUACUUACCUGGGUGACGUGUACAGCGUUAAGUGGAUGGAGGACACUGAUGCUGCAAACUUGACCACCGAGACUUUCGAGCAACAGUUUAAGAAGGUCAAGGAAGAAACAAAAACGAGCCAUGUCCAGCAGUACGGAGACGUUUCCAUCGCCUCUUAUACUCUGGACAAAUUCUUUGGAAACGACAAACAGCGUGUCAUCUCCAAGAGCAAGCCCAGCAGCGUCAGGGACCAAGUCCCCAGUGAGCUGGCCAUCAUUCAGACCCUCAAGAACCGAAUCAAUGCCGCCCCCACCAACUCUGUGCUCAAGUCUCGCCUGGAACGAGAGCUGGUCAAACUGCAGACCACCAUGCUGCAGACCCAUGACCUUAUCUGGGACAUCGUUAGGACUGUCUACAGCGAGGUCCCUGAGAAGACCGCCUACGACCGCGUCAUGAAGACCCACGAGGACAUCAAGAACUUUGACUGCUACUACUCUGUAGUGGACACUCUGCUCGGAUUCUGCCCAGGCCUUGACGUCACCAAGAACGACUUCGCCCUCAGGAAGUUUUACGCUCUGGUCAAUCUUUGCAACCACAACGAGGUGGGCAAGAUCAUCUCUGCUGCUGAGACCGCCGCUGUGAUCAACCCUCUGUGUCGUUUUUAACUCAUAAUGCUUCACUGCCAUAACCAGAGAGUAAUCUUAUCUACACUCUUUGGUUCUCAUUAUGUAGUAUUUCUACAAUAUCUAUUUUUUGCCUGUUUAUGUGAGUUAAUCAUAUUAUUAUAAUAUUAUUAAUAAAGUGAUGGGUUUUUU